CGGACGCGGAGAAACAGCGCUGCCGCCGAAUUUAAAGAGACAGGGGAUAGUUAUUUUAAACAAGAUAAACGGUAACCAUUGUCCCUCAGCUUGUUUUUUCCCCCCCCUCCCUCAGAUGCGUCUUGACUCCGCUCGUUCAAUUCGACGAUGUUUCGCCGAAGUCUCUUCGAGUAGCAGCUUGUCUGUCAUCUCGGCUGGGUUUUCAUUCCGUUAGCGCCGUGCGGAGCAAUACUGCCCGAGCCAGGCAAAGUAGGGCUUGCUUUGCUCGCUGGCUCACUGGUGGCAGGCUGGCUCCCCGACCGAGAGGACGCUUUGUCGGCUAGCCAACCCGCCGAAGCGACACCGAAGCUUCCCUCGCAAGUUGGGCUUCCGCAGCCUCCCGUCGCCGGGCUCAUGGCGAAGAUCCAGGCGCACAGCACGGCGAAACAAAUCAACCAAAUUCAAGACAAGCCUUUCGUUAUAACACAAAAGCAAGUGCAGCAGCAGCAGCAGCAGCAGCAGCACUUCCAGAAGCUCAAGGUUGAAGAUGCCUUGUCAUACCUGGACCAAGUGAAAAUACGUUUUGCGAACGACCCAGGCAUAUACAACAAGUUUCUCGACAUCAUGAAGGAGUUCAAGUCACAGAGCAUUGACACUCCAGGAGUAAUAAACCGUGUGUCGCAACUUUUCCAUGGCCACCCCGACUUAGUUUUGGGCUUCAAUGCCUUCCUCCCACCUGGGUAUCGGAUAGAGGUCCCAAAGAAUGGAAUUGCUUUCCUUCAAUCACCUUUCUCCACACAGGUGUCGCCCGGCCAACAGGGGAAGAUUGUCACCACCUCCACUGUAACAUCGACCUCCGGUGCUGCGUCCACCAUCACCUCUGAAGCCGGACCUGCCCACAGCGGUGAUGUGAAGCCAGCUUCAGCAGAGUCUCUAUCUUCUUCAACUUCUUCAGCUGGGCCCUUGGAAAAUCCAAGCAGACUGUCCCUUCCAUUAGCAAGCAAAGACAGUCAGAAUCAGGCCGCCACCUCGUCAGUGUCCCCGCCUGCCUCGGAGACCAGCCCGGUCGAGUUCGACAGUGCCAUCAGCUACGUAAACAAGAUCAAAAACCGCUUUCUGGACCACCCAGAGAUAUACAGAGCCUUCCUAGAGAUUCUUCACACAUAUCAGAAGGAACAGCUGGAGGUGAAGGAGAGCCGAGGCAGUCGAGGUACCAGCGGGAUGACUGAAGAUGAGGUCUUUUCUAAGGUUGCCAGUCUUUUCAAGGGACAAGAGGACCUGCUAGCUGAGUUUGGCCAAUUCUUGCCUGACGCCAAGAGAUCACUGUUCACCGGGAACUCACUGACUGGAGCGAAAGAGCAACUGAAGAGGCCAGAAGAUGAUGACCUGAUAACCAAACAGAACAAAAAGAGGCCCAGACCCAUACUCCUGCCCCACAUGUCUCCACUACUCAAGAAAAAAAUGAAGUAUUCCUGUACCAAAGACCAGUCCAUCGCUUCAGUCGGCAAACAUGGAGUCUUGCGAGAAUUCUCCUUCUUUGAUAAGGUUCGCCGCCUGUUUAAAAGCCAGGAAGUGUAUGAGAACUUCCUGCGCUGCAUUGCCUUGUUCAACCAGGAGGUGGUAUCAGGAGCUGAGCUGCUCCAGCUUGUCACUCCUUUCCUGGGGAAGUUUCCUGAAGUGUACACACAGUUCAAGUCCUUCCUGGGAGACAAAGAACUCUCUCAUGCCAUGUCCGGGCUGUCAGAUCGCUACAUGGAGGGAGGAGGAGGCAGGGAGGUGGAUUACGCCUCUUGCAAACGCCUGGGCUCCAGCUACAGAGCGCUGCCCAAGACAUACCAGCAGCCUAAAUGCAGUGGGCGCACCGCCUUAUGUAAAGAGGUAUUAAAUGACACUUGGGUGUCAUUCCCCUCCUGGUCAGAGGACUCCACCUUCGUCAGCUCCAAGAAGACUCCUUACGAGGAGCAGCUGCACCGCUGUGAGGAUGAAAGAUUUGAGUUGGAUGUGGUUCUGGAGACCAACCUGGCCACCAUCCGAGUGCUCGAGAGCGUCCAAAAGAAGCUGUCACGUCUCUCACCCGAGGACCAGGAUCGCUUUCGACUAGACGACUGCCUGGGCGGCACCUCUGAGGUCAUCCAGCGCCGCGCCGUGUAUCGGAUCUAUGGUGACAAGGCCCCUGAGAUCAUCGAUGGGCUGAAGAGGAGUCCGGCCACGGCGGUGCCUGUCGUGCUCAAGAGAUUGAAAGCGAAGGAAGAGGAGUGGAGAGAGGCCCAGCAGGGUUUCAACAAGAUCUGGAGGGAGCAGUAUGAGAAGGCCUACCUCAAGUCCCUGGACCAUCAAGGAGUCAACUUCAAACAGAAUGACAUGAAGGCCCUGCGCUCGAAGAGUCUCCUCAAUGAAAUAGAAAGUGUCUACGAUGAGCGACAGGAGCAGAGCACGGAAGAGGGAGGCGUUGGCCAGCAGGCUCGCAACGGCUCCAGCGCAGCAUCGGCUAGCGAGCCUCACAUGGUGUUUACGUACGAGGACAAGCAGGUCCUGGAAGACGCUGCCGCCCUCAUCAUCUACCACGUCAAACGCCAGCCCACCAUUCACAAAGACGACAAGGACCACAUCAAGCGGAUCAUCCAGCACUUUGUCCCCGACCUGUUCUUUUCACGCCGAGGCGAGCUCAGUGACACGGAGGAUUGGACAGAUGAGGAGGCGGAGGCAGAGGAGGGAGGAGAACGAGGAGCAAGCGGAGCAGUGGCAGCAGCGACGGCGACAACAACAACAGGAGGGAAUACUAACACUUCUGAUGCAGCAGGGGCAGCAGCAACCAGUAGUCAGUCUCAACCUCAACCAGUCCAAGCCCAAGCCCAAAGCCAGCAGCAACUAAACAAUGAAUCCAGACGGAGACGCUGCAGCCCAUCCCAACCGGCAGACGCCGAGGCUUCCAGCACUCCUAGCAGCACCAGCCAAACUGCGACCACCACCGGAUCUAUCCCCGGAUCCACACCUAUGGAGGCCAGUUCUGGCGCAGCUGCUGAGAAGGUGGACCUGCGCGACCCUGAAGCAGAGCACCAGAAGGAGCUGGACGACGUCUACAACCUAUUCUUCGUCAACAACAACUGGUAUUUCUUCCUACGGCUGCACCAGACUCUGUGCUCGCGCCUGCUGCGAGUGUACCGGCAGGCCGAGCGGCAGCUGCUGGAGCACCGCGCCGAGCAGAGCAUUGAGCGGCUACUUGUGGCCGAAGGGAGGCGGGAAAAGGCGUGUGACCUCGCUAUGGAGCUGCGCCUCAAACAGCCAAGUGAGGUGGAGUUGGAAGAGUACUACCCAGCCUUCUUGGACAUGGUGCGCAGCCUGCUGGAUGGUAACCUUGACUCGACUCAGUACGAGGACACACUACGGGAGAUGUUCACCAUUCACGCCUACAUUGGCUUCACCAUUGACAAGGUUAUCCACAACAUCAUCCGGCAGCUGCAGCACCUGGUGAGCGACGAGGUGUGUCUGCAGGUGGUGGAUCUGUAUCUGGCUGAGAGGAAGAGGGGUGCCGCCGGGGGGAACCUCUCUUCUCAGUGCGUGCGAGCAGCCUGGGAGACGAGCUACCAGUGGAAGGCUGAGAGAGCUAUGGCCGAGGAGAACUGUUUCAAAGUGAUGUUUAUUCAAAAUAAGGGUCAUGUGACAAUAACCAUUGAGCUGCAAGACACUGAGGAGGCCCAGGCUGAUGACCCCUUGGAUGUUCAGUGCUUGUCCAGCUACAUGGAGCAGUUUGUUGGAACUGAAUCCAGCCUGUGUUCACAAGCAGACGGCUACUUUUUCAAACCUGUCUUUCUUCCACGGAAUCUGCGUCGUUUCCGGCGCUGGCAGGUGCGUCAGGUGGAGGCAAUGCGCUGCAGGCGAGAGUGGCACCGACAACUGGGCGUAGAGAACGCCGGCAGCCUGGACUGUCGCUUCAAGCUCAACACUCACAAGAUGGUGUUUGUCAUGAACUCUGAGGACUACAUGUAUCGCAGAGGGGCACUGGUCAAGGCCAGGAAGUCUCAACACCGAGUGGCGGCGAGCCAGCACGAGCGUUUGGCCAAGUGGCACCGAGGCUGGCGGGCCGAGCACGUAACGGCCUUGGCUGACCGCGGCGUGCACAAGUGGCUGAUGGGAGAGGAUGAGGAAGAGAUGAUCCCCUGCAAGACCACCUGCCUGUCUGCAGAGCUCAAGGGGCAAGCCGUCAAUAGAUACCGCGUUCAUUACAGUGGAAACAAAGCUCCCUCCUCGCCUUAAGAGGAGACACACGCACACACACGCGCGCACACACACACACACUCUCUCACUCACACACAGAGGCUACAUGCAUGGACAUCCGUACACUAAAUAAACAGUGCAGUACUUGUGUACCUCCUUCACCCAUGUGUUCCCUCCCUCAUGCAGAGUGAGCAUGUGCGGGGAAGUCAUAAACUAGUGAGGACUCACUGGAGCCAGGAGAAAUCCCCACCCCCCACCAUACCCCCUCCCUGCCUCAAAACUUUGUCACUCAGCAUCAGCAGCUGCAUCUGGCACUAAAAGUCAACAAGACGUGACCACAUAAUGGAAAUAGUUUCAGAAAUGUGAAUGUCUGUUUUAUUUCUCUUUUCUUUUUUUAAAAUGAAAGUCCAGUGUAGUUUUUAGCUUGUAAUGCCAGAUAGCCUUCUGCUUGUUGGUGGAUUUAAUGCGCGUUUCUACAAGGAGAUCAUGGUAUAUACGCGUGUAUGUAUGUUUGUGUAUCCUGUAUCUCAUUAUGACAAGUAAGUGCAUAUGUAUUUUUUUCUACAUACAGUAUGCAUUUACACCAUCUGAAGAUCACGUGGUUCUUUACAGUGUUUGCUGUUAGCCAACUCUUGAUGUUUGCAUUAAUCCCCCCCGCCCCCCCCCCCCCUUUUUUUUGUAUUGUAGCUAGACAGAUUAUCAGCGGGGCAACAAAGGAGUCCAAGUUGAUUGAUUUAAUACUGAUGAAAUUAUGUAUCAUAAUCUUGAUUUCACUGAAUGUUUUCUGUGUUGUCUGAUUUUUGUUUUUUUUGUUUUGCAUACUGACAUUGAGAAUAAAAGCAAAAACAUCAGUGUUAAAAUAGAAUGUAUAACAUUUAUCCUGUAUCAGUUAUCAUAAAAUAAACAACCUAG